GGGGGGAGCCACCUGCUGGUCUCCGCAGUCCCCACUGCUCCCUCUCCAUACCAGUGUCUCUGCAUGGUAUGGCACAGGGAUAUGCAUAUGCAAGGCAUGAGCAGAGCCGCAGAGCAGCCACACACAAGAGCCUUGCACCAGUCUCCAGUUUAUAUAGCCUUUAACAUUGCUCCCUUGUGCUGUUUCUCUGAAUCCAAACACAGCAGCAUCUCCCAUUCUCUAUCCAUUGCUCGUUUGAACAAGAAGCAUGGCUCAUGGUUGCCCCACAACUACCACAAGCUCCCUGCUCCUCUUCUUCACUCUCUCUUGCCUGAUUAUCGGCCAAGCUCUCUGCAACCAUGGUCACCAUGGCAGAACAUCAGGUGCAGAUUACGUAGAGCAAUAUCACCACCAGGAAUUGCCUGACAAACAUAUAGUUUCGCAGGAGACCAUGAAGGGUCUAAACAAGGACAUACUGCCAAAGUAUGCAAGGAGAAUGUUGAUCGGCUCAAUGGCUCCAAUAUGCACAUACAAUGAGUGCAGAGGGUGUCGAUUCAAGUGUACUGCUGAGCAAGUCCCAGUGGAUGCAAAUGACCCCAUGAACAGUGCUUACCAUUACAAGUGUGUUUGCCACAGGUGAUCUUUAAUGAGUAGGAGGAGCUUCUAUGUUGUGGUAUGUCCUAGUGAAGAGUAGUAAUUUUCUUCCAUUUUUGGUUCUUCGUCUUCUUUUCCUUCUAUUCUCUUUGUUUUUCUUGAAAAGGCUUUUUUCUUUUGUCUUUUACAAGAGGCUAGCUAGUAGAGGACUGGGGUCUGGAGGGGCAUUUUGUACUUUAAAAUGCUUAGUUCAGGUUAUGUACUAUUAAUUUUGGCAGUAAAUGGUUAGAAUUUUUGAUA